AUGUCAACCCAAUCAUCCUUUACCUCUUCAAUAAGUCUUCUCAUGUUCAAUUCUAACAUUGGCCUCACACCCCAGAUCAACACCCUCCGCCCACACCUCACCUACACCGAAUGGUCAAAGACCUACGGGCCCGUCUUCACCGUGAUGCGCGGCGCCACGCCGGUGCUGGUCGUCAACUCAGCGGCAGCAGCACACGACAUCUUCAACAAGCGCGGGCAGGCGACGGCAGGGCGGCCGUCGGCCAACAAGGUCGACAUGGUCGCGCGCGGGGGGUACGCGCCGGCGCUGAUGACGGGCGCGCCGUGGCGCUCGGCGCGGCGCAUGUGGCACGCCAUCCUCAACGUCGGCGCCGCGCGCUCGUACCUGCCGUACCAGAAGCUCGAGGCGGCGAAGCUCAUCGCCGACGUGUGCGACGACAGCAUCGGCGGGGCGGCGCAGUGGCGCGAGCACGUGGCGCGGUUCAGCAACAGCGUCGGCAUGACGAUGAUGAACGGGCGGCGCGUGCCGACCAAGGAGGAUCCGGGGAUCAGGGAGGUCAUGGACGACCUGUUGCAGAUCUCGACGCUGCAGCUGAAGACGGAGUGGAUGGACAGCAUUGAUUGGGUGUGGAAGUUGCCUGGUCGCCGGUGGUGGCUGCCGCCGAUGAGGGAGGCAGAGAGGCUGGGGGUGAAGCAUGAGAGGAUGUUGAAGAGGCAUUGGGAGAAUGCGAAGGGCUGGGUCGAGAACGGGGAGAAGUUUUUGCCGAAUUUCAUCACGGCGAUUCAGCAGAAGUUGAAGGCUGGGUGGGAAGGGUUGACUGAGACUGAAGGGAUGGAAGUGGCGAACGAGUUGCUCGUCGCGGCGACGGAUACCACGGCGAGUAGCUUGAACAACUUCCUUGCUGCUAUGGCGUUGUGGCCGGAUGUACAGAGGAAAGCUCAGGAAGAGAUCGAUAGAGUUGUAGGCCCUGAUCGUCUACCCAAUGAGGAGGACUCCAUCGAUCUACCCUACACCCGGCAGUGUAUCCAAGAACUACAGCGUUGGAUCUCAGUCGCGCCCCUGGCUCUUCCUCAUGCCACCACGGCACCCAUGCAACUUGGCGAGUACCAUGUACCAGCAGACACGAUAGUCCUCUUGAACGUCCACGGUAUCCAUCGCGACCCGGAAGCCUAUCCGGAUCCUAAGGUCUUCAAACCAGAGCGCUGGGAGGGCAAGCUUGAGACGGUCCUAUCGGACGAGCAGGUCGGCGCGCGGACAGACCUAUUCGCCUUUGGCGCCGGGCGCCGCGUCUGUCCAGGCCAGCAUGUCGCGGAGCAGAACCUGUUCUUUGUCAUCUCUCACUGGCUGUGGGCGUUCGACAUCCAGAAGAAGAAGGACCCGGUGACCGGAAAGGAAAUUGACAUCGAUAUGGACGAUGUUAGACCGGGUUUGGUGAACACGAUGAAUCCCUAUGAGGUCGAAGUUAAGCCGAGGAGCAGGGAGAGGGCAGAAUGGAUCAAAGCAAACUGGAAGAAGCAGAGGGAGACGCUGUUGGAUGAAGAUGAGCAGUGGCUUUCGAGCCCUGAGGCUGUUGAGAAGAUCAUGGCAAGGACGGCGAAGUAG